UGGCUCGAGGAGACGCCGGCGCUGGAGAGAGCGCUGCGCCGCUGGCCUCUAAGGGACCGCGGGGUCCGCCGCUGCUGCUCACUGCUGCUGGCCGCUUCCAGCCUUCACCGAGAGGGUUUCUGCAUUCUAAAGGAAAAAUAAGCUUGAUUGCAGUACAGCUACACUCUAGAUCAAUUCUGAUAUUAUAUAUCUCCUUUGGACUUUGUACACUGACCUCCUCUGUCCCUUGCCCUUACCUAUUAGGUUGGUGUGGAAAUUAAAACAACACAGAUAUUUUGACUGUGGCUUUGAUCAAGCAAAUGCUAAAAAGCCACAUAAAGAAGAUCCUUAACAGUAAUUUCUCAACAAUUAUAUAGUCAACUGAUGUAACAAUGGUACUAAUAUUGGGACGAAGACUAAACAGAGAGGAUCUCGGGGUGCGUGAUUCCCCAGCAACUAAGCGUAAAGUUUUUGAAAUGGACCCUAAAUCUCUGACAGGCCGUGAGUUUUUUGACUUCUCUUCAGGAUCAUCCCAUGCUGAAAACAUACUCCAGAUAUUUAAUGAAUUCCGAGAUAGCCGCUUAUUCACAGAUGUUAUCAUUUGUGUGGAAGGAAAAGAAUUUCCUUGCCAUAGAGCUGUUCUCUCAGCCUGUAGUAGCUACUUCAGAGCUAUGUUUUGUAAUGACCACAAGGAAAGCCGAGAAAUGUUGGUUGAAAUCAAUGGUAUUUUAGCUGAAGCUAUGGAAUGUUUUCUGCAGUAUGUUUAUACUGGAAAGGUGAAGAUCACCACAGAGAAUGUACAAUAUCUCUUUGAAACAUCAAGCCUCUUUCAGAUUAGUGUUCUCCGUGAUGCAUGUGCGAAGUUCUUGGAGGAGCAACUUGAUCCUUGUAAUUGCUUGGGAAUCCAGCGCUUUGCGGAUACCCAUUCACUCAAAACACUCUUCACAAAAUGCAAGAAUUUUGCAUUACAGACUUUUGAGGAUGUGUCCCAGCAUGAAGAAUUUCUUGAGCUUGACAAAGAUGAACUUAUUGAUUAUAUUUGUAGUGAUGAACUUGUUAUUGGUAAAGAGGAGAUGGUUUUUGAAGCCGUCAUGCGUUGGGUCUAUCGUGCUGUUGAUCUGAGAAGACCGCUGUUACAUGAGCUCCUGACACAUGUGAGACUCCCUCUGUUGCAUCCCAACUACUUCGUUCAAACAGUUGAGGUGGACCAAUUGAUUCAGAAUUCUCCUGAGUGUUACCAGUUGCUGCAUGAAGCAAGACGGUACCACAUACUUGGGAAUGAAAUGAUGUCCCCAAGGACUAGGCCACGAAGGUCAACUGGCUAUUCUGAGGUGAUAGUUGUCGUUGGAGGUUGUGAACGAGUUGGAGGAUUUAAUCUUCCCUACACUGAGUGCUAUGAUCCUGUGACAGGAGAAUGGAAGUCUUUGGCUAAGCUUCCAGAAUUUACCAAAUCAGAGUAUGCUGUCUGUGCGCUAAGGAAUGACAUUCUUGUUUCAGGUGGAAGAAUUAAUGGCCGUGAUGUCUGGAUUUAUAACUCACAGUUAAAUAUUUGGAUCAGAGUUGCUUCUCUAAAUAAAGGCAGAUGGCGUCACAAAAUGGCUGUCCUCCUUGGUAAAGUAUAUGUUGUUGGAGGCUAUGAUGGGCAAAACAGACUUAGCAGCGUAGAAUGUUAUGAUUCCUUUUCAAAUCGAUGGACUGAAGUUGCUCCCCUUAAGGAAGCAGUGAGUUCUCCUGCCGUGACUAGCUGUGUAGGCAAAUUGUUUGUGAUUGGUGGAGGACCUGAUGAUAAUACUUGUUCUGAUAAGGUUCAAUCUUAUGAUCCAGAAACCAAUUCUUGGCUACUUCGUGCAGCUAUCCCUAUUGCCAAGAGGUGUAUAACAGCCGUCUCCUUAAACAACCUGAUUUAUGUUGCUGGUGGACUGACCAAGGCAAUAUACUGUUAUGAUCCAGUUGAAGAUUACUGGAUGCAUGUACAGAAUACAUUCAGCCGACAGGAAAACUGUGGUAUGUCUGUGUGUAAUGGUAAAAUAUAUAUCCUGGGUGGAAGACGGGAAAAUGGAGAAGCCACAGACACUAUUCUCUGUUAUGAUCCUGCAACAAGUAUCAUCACAGGGGUGGCUGCAAUGCCCAGGCCAGUGUCCUAUCAUGGCUGUGUGACUAUUCAUAGAUACAAUGAGAAAUGCUUUAAGCUCUAAAGCCAGGAUACCUCACCCAAGAAGCCACACCCAUCCAAGAUGAGAGGUUUUAAAAACUCCAGAGUGGGAACUUGACAUAUCUCCUUUGUGCCAUAUGCACAAAAAAGUAAAAAUAAUAAUUGUGGUGCCUUUCUCCCCAAAAUAUCGAUCUUUCAAACUGUAAUAAAGCCUUUCUGUAAUUGAAAAAAAAUUUUGUUGUUGUUGUUGUUGAAGGUAAUAGUGGUUGUUGCUUGGCUUUGAGAGUCUACCUUUGUAAGUAUUUGUAAGAAACCUAUGUGGAGUAGGAAAUAAUGUCUGCCUGCGUAACUUUCAGGAAUUUGUGAAUGGUCUCUUCAUUUAUGUAUGUUUAUCUGCAAGACUGUAUUUUUUUUUGUCAUAUAUAUAUAGAAAAUUACGUAACUUAAGUCUUCAUUUAUGUUGAAUCACAUAAUGCUUAGAAUGCGUUCUAAGGGGGAAAAAUCAGUUUUAAAAAUUUUUGUCACUAAAAAUAAACUGAUUAAUUCUAUUGGAGCGUUUUUUUCUACAAUUGAUAAAAAUGUAAUGAACAAUUUGAGUAUCAUAAAAUACCGAAUUAUCAUGACUUCGUUAUUAGAAUUGCUAUCUUAUAUAUACUUUUGGGAGGAGGUUGAGUAGGAGAUACAAAAGCAAGUAAAAUGGGGAUUGGAAUUAUAGGUUAAUUCCUAAGAAAAAAGUAUUUAAGACCAUUGGAGGGAAAAUGACCCAUUGUGGCUCUCAAAAUAUUUUUGUAUCAUCUCUCAAAGGAAGCGCCUUUUCUUGAACUGGGCAAAAGGAUUGAAAUCCAUUUUGCAAUAUUGUGAAAAACAGAGACAGAUUUUCUCCCUAGCCCAGUAGAGUUUGACCUCAUUAGUAUGGUGCUUUGGGUGAGGACUUCUUCCCUGGUUAUCCUACUUUCUUGUGAAAACAACUAAAAAUCCUGGGAGUCUCUACUGUUAAGUUGCCUUUAAAGGAUAAAGCAGGGACCACCUAUGUCAGUGGGUCCAUUUUUCUUUUAUAAUUAGCUAUCUGAAAAAACUAACAGCAGUGGUUGCAGUCUCCUAAGAUAAAUCUUUCAUUUGGUACCCAUUGUGUAAAAUAUUGAUCAACAUUCUUAAGCUUCUGUACAACAAGUUGCCUUUGUCUAGAUUUGUCAACUCCAGUUUAUAAAGCUUACUAGUUUUCAGAGAGGAAUGUAAAAUUUUUUUCUAAGGCAAAUGGAAUGGCAGGAAGUACGGCAUUAAGUCAUUAUUGUUAUUCCUGGGUGGACAGAUGUAAUUUACAACAUUUGAGGGAUGUUCCAGGCAGCCGGCUGUAUUUUUACUUCCUAGGCACUAUUGUCGUCUCACAUCAUAAUUAUAUACUCCUUGUCAUAAGAGAGAUGAUGCAAAUAUGUGAUUAUAGUGCCACCAGAUUCCUCUUAAAACCUGGGUAGUAAUCAAAAACCUAUCAUUGAUAAUCAAAACUACUCUUUUUUCUUAUCUUAGAAUGAUACAGAGAUUUCAAAUAACCCUAUGCCUAUGGUUAUAGGGCAUCAACUUUAAUGCUUAGCUGGGAUCUGAAUUCUGAGGAAAACUCUAUAAAAAACCUACAAAUUUUUAGGGAAUUUUUAUUUUUCAAAUCAUAAAAGGAAAUAUGUACUUUCUAUGAUAAUUAUCAGAGCAAUUCAGAAAACAAUUUUCUAUCAUUUUAGUUGAAAGACCAUUGUAGGUACAAAUGGAAUACUUGUUUUAAUUUUAGAGUAAACAUCUACUUCUGCAUUAUACUUUUUGUAGAUAAUGGAACCUAUUUAGUUCAGAAAUUCUUUGUGGUAUGAGAUAAUGUACGAGAAAAGUAUUUUGUAAGUGCUGAGGAUUAUACAAAUGAUACUUGUUAUUUUCAUGUGUGUUUGUAAGAUCAUGCCCAUCCAUAAAUACAGAUACUUUACACACAAAAAAAAAUUUCUGAAGAUAACUUGUAUUCUAGUACUUUUGUCUACUGUAAAAGUAUUAACUAUUUGCUUGUAUUUUGUUAUACAGUUAUUUUUAAUAUUCAUGUGUUGUAGUAAAUUUGAAAUCAAAUCCUACAAAACAGAAUUUGUUUAAACAUAGGCCUCAUACCAACAUUGUUGAAUUUUUUUCGCUACAUAAGUUAAAACUACAUAAAUUAAGGAGGCCAUCAAGAACUUAGCUUGAAUCCUAUGAAAUUAAAGUAGCAAUUUUGAAAGUUACCCAACUGAUAUUUUAACUUCCUUUAAUUAUUUAUCUUCCUUUACUGAUUUUUGAUAAAUAAUGUUGUUAGCAUUGAUAAAAUAAAAAAGAAUUUGAAGGUAUAAUUAGUAUAUCAAAAUGGAUUUAUCAACCAAAUUGGUGUCAGAUUAUAUUUGUACUGUCAUCACAUAGUUGACAAGAUUUUCUUUUGAUAGGUGAUGCUCGUAGAAGCCUUUGGGUUAGUAUGUAUGUAUAUACGUGUGUAUAUAUGUAGAUAGGUAGUAUGGUCAUGUACACACAUAUAUACACACACCAAGAAUUUUAUCAGUUUGUGAUGAUCAGAAAAAAGCACAUAAAAUAAAAAUUAGUUGACCUUAUUAAAUUUAAUUCCAGAAGAUUUUUUAAUUUGGGCAUUUCUAGAAUACUUUUUUACAUUUGAAAGCACAUGAUGAGUAUUAAUUAGUAUGACUUGUAUACAGUCAGAAUCUAUAUGAUACAUACAGUUUUACAAGGUCAGAAAACAAAUUGGAAGUAGAAAGGAGUUUGCUACCCAGCUGUGAUACCUCAGUGGAAAGGGAAUUCAAGGGUAUGUUUUGUGGAUCAAUAGAAAAGUACAGUUUUGGGUGGGGUUUUUUUUUUUUUCCCCAUGAACUUCAGUCCUUUUCAUGUGUUCCUAUAUGUGAGUGAGCUAUAAAGUGAUCUGAUUCUUACAACAGAAGACCUUCUUCCUUUUCUACUCUAAACUUCCCACUGACUUUACUACACAGGUAUGGAAUGGUAGCCUAUUGGAUCUUAAGUAAUCUUUUUUUUCCCUAGAUGACUGAAAUAUAGAUAUUUACUCCAUUUAAACCAGGUGUUAAGAGAAAAUGAUGUAAAUACUCAGGGAGGGUAUUAACUUGUCAUUUUUGUGUAUUUGAGGUGUUUAAAGUACCAUAACUAAAUAACUUUCAGUUCAUGAUUCUAGAGUAAAUUUAAUUUGGUGAAGGGGCUUCACACAUGGCAGUAGUUGAACAUUCAUUUUUUUUAUAUUUAGAAAGAUGAAAAUGUUUUGUGAACUGACACAUUUUCUCAGUGAAUAUGAAUUGCUUAUGUAUCUCUACUGUCAUAUACCCUUUUUGAAACUCAGGAAAGACAAAGGUUCAAUGAUACCACUUUUGUCAAUAUGCAAACCAGGUGUGUUUUUUUCCUGUUGUCUGGAUAUGGCAAUAGAUUUUUAAAAAAAGAAUUGCUGUGAGAACGCAUACAUGAAAAGAGAGAGAUUGAGUUGUUUGUGGGUGCCUUUUGUCUUGAGAUUUAUGUGUGGAAAAGACAUCUUCUACUCCAGACUGUAUUUUCAAAGAGGAGAGAUUGCUAUUUAUGUGGUGCCAAGUGAUAAAAUCAUAUCUCUCAAAGGCUUCCUAUGGACUGCCUUUAUUUUACUAAACUCAAGACACCAGGUAACCUCAACAUAAUUUUGGCCUUAUUAGAAUUUGUUGUGCAUUAUAUUGAAAGCCAGGUUUAUAUCACCUCACCCCAUUAUUCUUUUUAGUUAAAUAAAUAAAUUCACCAUACCAAGUAACGAGAAUGGGGAAUUUGGUUGACCUUUAAGGCAGUAGGUUUGACUAGCUAGCUAUACUUAUUGUCACAUCUAAUACUAGGCACCAGAAACCACUUGAGCCAGGAGUGUGAAUUGAUAAUUCCAGAGACAUUUUCAGUAUACUUCAGACAUUUUUAAAUGUUUUUUAUGAAUGUUUUACAUUUAUGUGAUUUCCUUAGAUAUUAAAUUUACUUAGUGCUAGAGAUGAUCAUCAUAAAUAAUUUUUUUAAAAAACAGCAAUAGUCAUAACUUAUUUUAUAUAUUGUUCCAAAGAAACAAAUUUGUUUUACUGUUUUCAAGAUAACUGCAUCUGAGUUUGUUUAUGUGCCUUAAGGUCUCUAGUGCUAUUUCAACUUUUUUUUUCAAUUUAAAUAAAGCUUACCUGAGGUAAGUUUCAUAUUUGUUUCCUGUAGAGUAAAUAAAGUUCCCUUCUUAAAUUUUUUAAUAAGCACCAACCGUGUGGCUGCUUGGCAGAAUGCGAAUGUUAAGAAAGGUGUUGUUGGGUGUUGGGAGUUUUAUUAUAUUUUGGGUUUUGUUUUUUAUACUAAGGUGCUUUUUAAGAUAUUCAGAAAAACGUCUAUCUUAUAUUGAUUAAACCCUUGUAAACAUCAUCUGCAUUAUCUACAUCUAAUGUCAAAAAAGUAAAUCUACUUAUUUUUGUUCCAUUCUUAUGUACUAUUUCUUUUUCCUCUACAGGCUUUUUCAUUUAUCUUUCUUGAAAAAGUUCUUACUCUUCCCUUCCCCAUCACCCCUCCCUGCAGUUUCCUUAUUUAAAUUUUUGAUGAGAGUUUCUGGAGCUAAGACAACAAAAUUACAGAGUUGAGCAAGAGUAUAAUAUGCUUACAACUUGUACAGACCUGUGGCAGCCAAAUGUCAUUUGCUUUCAGUUAGAGGCUCCAGAGUCUUCACAGUGAAAAAAAAAAAAGUGCUUUAUAUUUCUUUGUUCUCAAUUCAGUUGUAGCACAUUAAUACUUCUGUGUCUUGUUUAAAUAUAUUUUGUGCAUAGUUUUAAUUUUUUAAGAGUUGUAUCAAAUAAAAUGUCUUUUAACCAUUA